UAUGAAGUAAGUAAUGUCUUCCCAUGCUCCCACCUUCCUCUUAACAAUAUAAAAAUAAGAUCCAAAAAAACCUUUCAUUAAUACCAAUGUCCUCAUAAAUGUUUUCAUGUCAUACCAUUUCUCAAACUUACCAAGUACACUCCUAUUUAUUAUUACCUCUACCUCUCAAUUCUCAACAUAAACCACUACUACAUACAAACCUUUUAACAAGUUCAUUUUUAGAGAAGAAUAAAGAGAUCAGAAAAAAAAAUGGAAGAAAUAGUGCACAAAAAAGUUCAUGUAAAUGGCAUAAAUAUGCACAUUGCAGAAAAAGGUGAAGGACAAGUUGUACUUUUACUUCAUGGUUUUCCAGAAUUAUGGUACUCUUGGAGACACCAGAUUAUUGCAUUAGCAUCCAACGGUUACCAUGCAAUUGCACCAGAUCUAAGGGGUUAUGGUGAUUCUGAUUCUCCAACUUCUAGUUUAAGUUACACUUGUUUUCAUUUAGUUGGGGAUAUUAUUGGGCUUCUUGAUUUGCUUAAUGUGGAUCAAGUCUUGUUAGUGGCCCAUGAUAUGGGUGCUAUGGUGGGCUGGUAUCUUUGCAUGUUUAGGCCUGAUAGGAUUAAGGCCUUUGUUUCUCUUUCUGUACCUUUUCGGCCCAGGAAUCCUAAGUUGAAGCCCACUCAAACUCUCAGAGCUAUUUUUGGUGAUGCAUAUUAUAUAUGCAGAUUUCAGGAAGCAGGAGAUAUUGAAGCAGAGAUCACUGAAUGUGGGAUAAAACAUGUACUGAAGAAGAUCCUUACAUCACGAGAUCCAGGUGCACCCAUGUUACCAAAAGGAAAAUCAUUUGAUGUUUCCCCUGAAAGUCCUAUUAUUUUGCCUUCAUGGCUAUCUGAGGAAGAUAUUGACUAUUAUGCUGCCAAAUAUGAAGAAAAAGGCUUCACUGGACCUUUAAACCACUACCGUAAUCUAGACUGGAACUGGGAGCUGACAGCACCGUGGACAGGCGUAGAAUUAAAAGUACCAGCGAAGCUCGUCGUUGGAGACUUAGACAUGGUGUACAACAUGUUUGGGGUGAAGGAUUAUGUGCACAACGGAGGGUUCAAGAAAGACGUUCCUUUGCUUGAAGAUAUAGUGGUUAUGGAAGGAGUUGGUCAUUUCAUCAACCAAGAGAAAGCUGAGGAGGUCAACCAGCAUAUCAUUGAAUUUUUUAGCAAGUUUUAGUGUUAAAUUUUGGCUUUGUUUUUCUAGAGAAAGAUAAGGAACUCCUGGAUCAAUGUAGUGUUCUUGUUAGUGUACCGGUGACCCCAACAAAUUUGGUACUUUAAAGUCUGGGCAUAUUUGCAUGAA